AUGUCAGAUGCAGCCGAAAUUCAAAAUGAUAAAAAUGAGAAAUAUGGUUUAUCACAGUUAGACCUUGUUAAACAUUCCUUGAAAACAAUUAUAUAUUCUCUUUGUGAUGAAGACCGAUUAUCAAUUGUAUCGUUUGCUUAUCAUGCUAAUAUUGUACUCAGUUUAACAAAAAUGGAUGAUGCCGGAAAGAAAAAAGCCUUAGAAGCAGUUGAAAAUUUACGGAGCUCAAGCAGUACAAACUUAUGGGAUGGUCUUCGAACCGGCGUUGAACAUCUUUCUAAACAACAAGAUUCAAUAAAAAGUAUUUCAGCUCUGUUUCUUUUGACUGAUGGUUGCCCUACUGAAAUACCACCCAAUGGUCAUUUGAUAUCACUAGAAAAACUCAAGAAGAAUCUCAACUUUUUAUGUGCUGUUAACACUUGUGGCUUCGGAUAUAAACUGGAUAGCAAGCUUCUUGAAGAUAUUGCUGUACUAGGAAAUUCCGGUUCAUACGCAUUUAUUCCUGAUGGAUCAUUUGUAGGCACAAUCUUUGUGAAUGCUAUAUCAACAUUGCUCACUACAACAGCAACCAAUGUACAGUUAUUGAUCCAUGAUCAAGAUGCUCAAAAUACUGACUACAUGCGCUGGUAUUCAACACAUAAGCCUGAAGAAGGUACUUAUAUUAAUUUGGGUUCGAUUACAUAUGGUCAAAGUAAAGAUUUACUGAUUCCAGUUUCUUCUAAACUUACCAAAGAAUGCCGAUUCACGCUAGCCUAUCAAAACGCAAAAAACAUAAAGAAAUCUAUCGAUUUUGAUUUUAUGGAUAAUCUGCAACAGGCUGAUCUUAAUUUAAUAAUUCGACAUAAAACGCGCCUAGAAUUCGUUCAGUGUGUAAGAACAGAAUUGGAAAAUAUGAAAUCAAUAAAAACGAAUUCAAAACAGUCAAAGAAGCAACAUGAUCAAGUGAUGAAUGAGUUACAAAAAUUCAAGGAAAAAAUGAAGUUAGCUGCAAAUGGAGAUGACGAUUUUAUAAAAGACUUAUUAGCGGAUUUGACAGGACAAGUACAAGAAGCUCUGGGAAAGCAAGAAUGGUUUAACAAAUGGGGCGUACAUUAUUUACCUAGUUUAACACGUGCUCAUCUUCUUCAACUCUGUAACAAUUUCAAGGAUCCAGGUGUUCAACAUUAA